AUGACGUAUCACAAAGAUAGUCUGAACGCUGGCGUGCCGGCUCUUUUAUCGUUGAGGCAUAGCGAAAAAAAUCAAGAAAUUCGUCUUGUAGUAUGGCUCAGGUUGCAAUGGGAUAAUCCAUGGUUGAGAUGGGAUCCUAAGGAGUACGGAGGGAUCAAGAGUGUUAAUGUUGAUAAUAACUUUUUCUGGCUGCCUGAUGUUUCAAUCUUCAAUGAGGGAAGUCGUGAAGAUGAAAUGGAAAUUCUUUACAAACGUUUAGUGACGAAAUUGGUUAUCUCCGAAGAUGGUCAUUGUACUUGGAAUGCUCCAGUAACAUUGAACAGUCAGUGCCGAAUAGAUGUCGCUCGCUUUCCCUUUGACGAACAAACAUGUCAGGUUAAAAUAGGUUCCUGGGCGUAUUCCGGAUAUAAAAUCAAUAUGUCAUACCCAAAUAACAUGCGGCGUUUCUUCGAGGGCGGCGUUUAUUCAAGGGAGGCGUUUAUUGCAAACUCCGCGAUUUUGAGUCACAAUUUCAGAUACUAUCUUCCGGACAACAUACCGUACCCGGACGUCACCUUCACUUUGAGGAUUAAACGACGUUCUCUGUAUUACGGAUUGCAAUUAAUACUUCCGUUGGCGGUGAUCUCAAUAUUGACGUUUUUUAGUUUUAUUCUGCCUUUAAAGAGCGAAGAACAGAUAGCGAUUUUGAUCAGUCUCGUUGUUGCAAUUUCCGUUUAUUCGAUAAUAAUAUCGUCUGUGUUACCAGAAACCUCUGAUAGUGCCUCUGUUCUUGAAAUAUAUUGUAUUGGUAUUUUUCUAUCGGUAACCAUGGUUUCAUUUCCAGCAGUUAUGACGACGAGACUCGUACAUUUAUCCUAUCCAAUGCCGAAUUGGUUUCGUAAAUGUAUGAGAGGUAUUGCUAAAAUUCUGAGGGUGAGUUCUAAGGAUCUUGCGAAAAUUCCAAACAGGCAGAAAGGCAAAGAAAUGGGAGCUGAUAACAAUAUUGAAGUGGAUGGGCACGAAUUGGAAGUGAAACCCGCUGACAAGAAUCACAAGAACGUCAACGAGACUGAAGAAUAUGAAAAACAAUGGAAAGCUGCAGCAAUAGUUAUUCACAGAAUUUUCCUGCUGUUUUAUUCUUUAUGCGUCGUGGGUUUUAAUCUUUUCUUGUUGUAUGAAUAUAGAAGAUAA